AUGAGCUACAUGAAGUCUAAGGAGAUUAGGAGAGCAUACAAACGUACACGCGAGACACUAGAACCAGUGUCUCAAACCCCGGUACGUAUAGGAGCAGUCGAUGAAGAAGAGAGAACUAAGGACACAACAAUUCCUCAGACCGAGGGAGGACCGAUGAGAGUUGGAGUAGAGAGAAUGAGAGCUGAGGAAGAAAGAGCUCGCCAAACAGAAAUCGCUCGCCUAAGAAAAGAGGCCAGACUAAGAGCAGAAGAGGAGGCUCGUCAAAUCUUGGCUCAAUCCUCUAGUCCAAACCAAGAGGAUGACCAAGAGCAUUAUGAUGAUGUUGCACGGUCUUACAAUAGCAAAGAAAGUGGAGAAGAGGAGGAAGAGAGUGACGAAGAAGAGAGUGAGACAGAGAGUGAGAGAGAUGAAGAGGAGAGCAAGGAAGAAGAAGAGGAAGAAGAGGGAGGAGGUGAAGCAGUUGCUUUGUCUCAGGGUGGGACAGAGCAACCUAGGCCAAAUAAGCACAUCAGAUUCACCUACACCACUCCAAGUGCAACCAUACUAUCUGACUCCGGUGGUUGA